UUGAUUUGUGUGCAGCAAUUACGGAGUUCUACAUAAUGGGUAUCUACGAGGACACCUUAGUGAAAGUAGUGGAGCAUAUGCUGGACCAGAAAAACAUCGAGGUGCAGGACGAGUCGGUGAAACGCUGGAUGGCUCGCCAAAUGGGCGACAAAUUGUCGCAAAUUGGCACAAUGACUAGUAUUUGGGCAAGUCACGCUGGCCGCUCCCAGCCGGGAUAUUUCGAUGUGGAGCGCACCUUUAAGAGCAUGAACAUCACGGCCGGGGAUCUCGCCGCCGAGGUCAAGGCUAAUGAGGGCAAGCCCAUGCCCAAGAUCGACUUUCCCGUACCGGAGACUCGGGUGCAUCACACGCCAGCCAAACCAUUGCUGGGUGCCACUUCGGCAAAGGAAAUGGUCAAGCAUCCAAAUGUUCCCAGUUUCCUGCCGCCUUUUCCCGGGCCACACACCUACAAGAGUACACCGAUGGUGCCAAACAACAAAAUCGAUUACGUGGAGUCGCGCGAGAAGAUGGCACUGAAGCGACGGCAAGAGAAGGAUAACCUCAACCAUCUAUACAAGCGCAUGAAGCAAACUGUGUCCUUGUUCAGCGAGCCAACCGGUCGAUUUGAUUUGCUCGACUUGGAGCCGCCCAAGAGACCUGCCUACAUGGACGCCCUAAUGCCACGCGAUCAGACAUACGAAAUUGAUAUCUACGGCGAUAAUGAUCCGAUCCCCGAGCAAGCGCCCAAGAACCCAUUUUUGAUGCCACCAAAACCACCUGGCACCCCGAAGACGCCCUUUCCCAUCGACUUGGGUUUGAUCUAUAACGAAUAUAAGGGUCCACUGACCACUGGCAUGAUGAUUGAAUCUACAGAUUCCCCCAAGACGUCAGAGUCAGCUGAAGAUCUAUCAAAAGCUGAGGAAAUCGUAGUGCAAAUAAACGAGCAUACGAAUAUCAAAGAGCAGAAGCCCGAAGCAGAGUUUGAGCAGGCUUCCACUUCUGGCUCCGAAGAAAAGGUCCUUAAGAUAUCUAAGAAGAAUAAGAAGCAGAAGAAAGCCAAAGAGUCGAAGGCUGACUUGUUGUGGAGUGCAACCUCUGAAGGUUUGGCCAUUGUAGAUCUAAAUAACAUAGAGCCAGUGCCUGUGCUAAAGGUGGAGGAAACUCAGGAGAAAGAGAACAUAGGAGAGCAGCAGCUUGAAGCGGAGUUUGAGCAGGCUUCCACUUGUGGCUCCGAAGAAAAGGUCCUCAAGAGAUCUAAGAAGAAUAAGAAGCAGAAGAAAGCCAAAGAGUCGAAGGCUGACUUGUUGUGGAGUGCAACCUCUGAAGAUCUAAAUAACAUAGAGCCAGAGCAUGUGCUAAAGGUGGAGGAAACUCAGGAGAAAGAGAUUAUAGCAGAGCAGCAGCUUGAAGCAGAGUUUGAGCAGGCUUCCACUUCUGGCUCCGAAGAAAAGGUCCUUAAGAUAUCUAAGAAGAAUAAGAAGCAGAAGAAAGCCAAAGAGUCGAAGGCUGACUUGUUGUGGAGUGCAACCUCUGAAGAUCUAAAUAACUUAGAGCCAGAGCCUGUGGAUGUGGAGGAAACUCAGGAGAAAGAGAACAUAGCAGAGCAGCAGCUUGAAGCGGAGUUUGAGCAGGCUUCCACUUGUGGCUCCGAAGAAAAGGUCUUUAAGAGAUCUAAGAAGAAUAAGAAGCAGAAGAAAGCCAAAGAGUUGAAGGCUGACUUGUUGUGGAGUGCAACCUCUGAAGAUCUAAAUAACUUAGAGCCAGAGCCUGUGGAUGCUUCCACUUGUGGCUCCGAAGAAAAGGUCUUUAAGAGAUCUAAGAAGAAUAAGAAGCAGAAGAAAGCCAAAGAGUUGAAGGCUGACUUGUUGUGGAGUGCAACCUCUGAAGAUCUAAAUAACUUGGAGCCAGAGCAUGUGCUAAAGGUGGAGGAAACUCAGGAGAAAGAGAUUAUAGCAGAGCAGCAGCUUGAAGCGGAGUUUGAGCAGGCUUCCACUUGUGGCUCCGAAGAAAAGGUCCUUAAGAGAUCUAAGAAGAAUAAGAAGCAGAAGAAAGCCAAAGAGUCGAAGGCUGACUUGUUGUGGAGUGCAACCUCUGAAGAUCUAAAUAACUUAGAGCCAGAGCCUGUGGAUGUGGAGGAAACUCAGGAGAAAGAGAACAUAGCAGAGCAGCAGCUUGAAGCGGAGUUUGAGCAGGCUUCCACUUGUGGCUCCGAAGAAAAGGUCUUUAAGAGAUCUAAGAAGAAUAAGAAGCAGAAGAAAGCCAAAGAGUUGAAGGCUGACUUGUUGUGGAGUGCAACCUCUGAAGAUCUAAAUAACUUAGAGCCAGAGCCAGAGCCUGUGGAAGUGGAGGAAACUCAGGAGAAAGAGAACAUAGCAGAGCAGCAGCUUGAAGCGGAGUUUGAGCAGGCUUCCACUUCUGGCUCCGAAGAAAAGGUCCUUAAGAUAUCUAAGAAGAAUAAGAAGCAGAAGAAAGCCAAAGAGUCGAAGGCUGACUUGUUGUGGAGUGCAACCUCUGAAGAUCUAAAUAACGUAGAGCCAGAGCAUGUGCUAAAGGUGGAGGAAACUCAGGAGAAAGAGAUUAUAGCAGAGCAGCAGCUUGAAGCGGAGUUCGAGCACGCUUCCACUUGUGGCUCCGAAGAAAAGGUCCUUAAGAGAUCUAAGAAGAAUAAGAAGCAGAAGAAAGCCAAAGAGUCGAAGGCUGACUUGUUGUGGAGUGCGACCUCUGAAGACCUAAAUAACUUAGAGCCAGAGCCAGAGCCUGUGGAAGUGGAGGAAACUCAGGAGAAAGAGAACAUAGCAGAGCAGCAGCUUGAAGCGGAGUUUGAGCAGGCUUCCACUUGUGGCUCCAAAGAAAAGGUCCUCAAGAGAUCUAAGAAGAAUAAGAAGCAGAAGAAAGCCAAAGAGUCAAAAGCUGACUUGUUGUGGAGUGCAACCUAUGAAGAUCUAAAUAACUUGGAGCCAGAGCCUAUGGAUGUGGAGGAAACUCAGGAGAAAGAGAUUAUAGCAGAGCAGCAGCUUGAAGCGGAGUUUGAGCAGGCUUCCACUUGUGGCUCCGAAGAAAAGGUCCUUAAGAUAUCUAAGAAGAAUAAGAAGCAGAAGAAAGCCAAAGAGUCGAAGGCUGACUUGUUGUGGAGUGCGACCUCUGAAGAUCUAAAUAACAUAGAGCCAGUGCCUGUGCUAAAGGUGGAGGAAACUCAGGAGAGAGAGAACAUAGCAGAGCAGCAGAAGAAGAAUAAGAAGCAGAAGAAAGCCAAAGAGUCGAAGGCUGAUUUGUUGUGGAGUGCAACCUCUGAAGAUCUAAACAACUUAGAGCCAGAGCAUGUGCUAAAGGUGGAGGAAACUCAGGAGAAAGAGAUUAUAGCAGAGCAGCAGCUUGAAGCAGAGUUUGAGCAGGCUUCCACCUCUGGCUUCGGAGAGAAUCUUCCUCAGAGCUCUCACAGCAAGAAGAGGCGUUUUAUGGAGGACAAGAAGCGGGACAAAAGAGAGAAAAAGUCGAGGGCUGAGAUGUUUGCCCGUUUGGCCAAUGAAGUCUCGAAAGAUGUGGAAAAUAAGGAAAACGUGCCGAUAUCCGUGAACAAACCUCUCCGCGAAGGGAAGAAGUCCAAAAGGAAUGCAUAACUGUGUAAAUUAAACUCUGAAUUAAAGUGCAAGCUGGGGCAGAGAGUUUGGAAUAUAACCAUUUGAGUGCCAGGCGCUGCACUCGGCGAAAGAGUGCGAGAAAAAUUAAUUUAUUUCAAUUACAUUUCAUUAAGAGCUGCCAA